AGUAGAAGCGUUAUCUGUAAUAGGGGGCGGUGGGAGGAAGUGAGUGAGUGAGUGAUGAAGAGAGGUACAGAGGCAGAGAGCAACAGGAGAGAGCAGGUACCUGACUGCAAGGUCAGGCAGCUCAGCCCAGGUCCCGGGGAAGAACAGCCAGUAGAGCAGCAGAUCGAUCAAGUGAUCCAAUAUGAACCUCCGCAGCUCUCAGCCCGGUGCUACGAGCCGGGCAGCACGGAGCCCGUCAGCUUUUACGUCUCCUCUUUGGAAGGGCUGAGGUCGUGGCGGCCUUGUGGCGAGGACGAGGACUUCAACAAAGCCGUGACCCCCAUUGCCGGUCGGAGGCCCCUCCUGAGCAGCGACCGGCCCAGGACGCUGGUCUGCCACGACAUGGCGGGCGGCUACCUGAGCGACAGGUUCGUGCAAGGCAUCUGUGAAGACGACCCAUUUGUCUUUUACCACUGGCAAUACAUCGACAUCUUCGUGUACUUCAGUCACCAAAUGGUGACCAUCCCCCCCGUCUGCUGGACCAACGCAGCACACAGACACGGGGUGUCUGUUCUGGGAACUUUCAUCACAGAGUGGAAGGGAGGGGCUCAGACCUGCGAGGAUUUCCUGCAGAGCGAGGAGAAGUUCCAGCUGGUGGCAGACAAGCUGGCCCUGAUUGCUCGCGCCUCGGGCUUUGACGGCUGGCUGAUCAACAUUGAGAACCCGCUGAGUGCUUGCGCAGUUAAGAAUGUGCCGGCUUUUCUUCGUUACUUGCGUUGCCAGAUGCAGCAGGCGGUUCCUGACAGCCUGGUUAUCUGGUACGACAGUGUGCUGGAGAAUGGCGAUCUGAAAUGGCAGAAUGAGCUAAACCAGGACAACAAAAUCUUCUUCGAUUCCUGCGACGGGAUUUUCCUGAACUACAACUGGAAGGAGGAGCACCUCCGGCGCGUCGGACCCGUGGCCGAGGGGCGCCGUGCGGACAUCUACGUGGGGAUCGAUGUGUUUGGCCGCGGAGAUGUCGUGGGAGGAAAGUUUACCACCAACGAGUCCUUCAAGCUCAUCCGCAAGCACAACUUCUCUGCCGCCCUGUUUGCCCCGGGCUGGGUCUACGAAACUUUAGGAAAGAGCGAAUUUCACCAAAACCAACACAAGUUCUGGAACAUGUUGACUGAGUAUCUGCCCACUCACAGCAUCUGCUCCCUGCCCUUCGUCACCUCCUUCUGUCAGGGCUUCGGGAAAAACCUUUACAGAAACGGCAAGGUGGAGGCUGCGGGGAGUUGGCUUAAUCUGAGCGCCCAGGAAAUUCAGCCUUUGUUCACCGACCAGCGGGCGGGAGGUGCUGCCAGGAGCUGGGUGAAGACCUAUGGGUGUUCAGAAGACGCCUGGAAUGGAGGCUGCUCCUUAGUAAUCGAAGGACUAAUCCCUGCCGCCACAUCAAAUCUGACUGUGAGUUUAUUCCGUCUCCACUUGGACAACCCUCCAGCCAGAAUCUUCCUUUCGUUCAUCUAUAAACUCGAAGGCGGCGUCAGUCUGACUCCGGAGCUGAUGACCUGUGCUCCCUCUCAGCAUCAGUCGGACACGAGUUCCACACUUGAAGUGUUGAAGCCAUCGUUGCUUCCAGAGGACGAUGCCUUUGUCCAGCAGUUUGUCCAAAGCUGUGACUCUUGGAGCCCUGGGGGGUGGACAGCUCGCUUCUUCCAGGUUGAGAUGAAGGACUGCGCUCUGCGGGAGAUCCAAGUCAGUGUCGCUCACGGUCAGGAGAAUGACCAGGACGCACAGUUUAAAUGCAGGAUUGGAGAAAUCAGGGUUCUGGAUGCUGCAAAGCUGAGGGCGGAACUGAAUCCGGUUGAAAAUCCUACUGUCAGCAACUAUCUGUGGAGAAAGCAACCUAAAGGCACAGAUACAUCCCUAAGCGAUCUGUCUCUGAGCGCUACACUGCAGUGGGCAUACCCUGGCAGAUUAGCCAGUUACUUCAAUAUCUACUGCCGAGGACUGUGCUCCCACAAAACCAAAGAGGUCGAGAGCUCGGAGACGGUUCUGAUCGGGCGAACCAGCGCCAACGUCUAUCGUGCUGUGGAUCUGAAGCUCCGCGAGCCCCCGGUGGGGAGGUGCUGCCCGGUGGAGUUUCUGGUUCAGCCUGUGAGCGAGGCUGGUUUCCCAACCCCUCUCUCGGCUUGCGGGAAGGUGAUAGUAAAUUGUACACAGGCACAGUGAAGAAACGUGUGAGGCUUCAAUAAAACUAGAUGUUCCUCCCUC